ACUAGUUGUCUUUCUCUCCUUCUCCGAAACACGUGAGAGACGGUCCCGCGUGUAUUUUUCCAUCUGCCGCCAACAGUUCGUUUAUCCGUCCUUAAAGCUCCAGAUCGUUUUUCGGGGUGAAUUUGCAUCAUAUUGUAGAACUUGUUGCACAACCCCCUCUCUUUUUUUGCCAUAAUUUCGUAACAUUACAGAGAGUUACAGGUGAUCUAUGUGAACGGUGAAAAAUUAUCGUGAGAAUCAACCGGCUAGAAGUUCGUGAAUUCGCGAGUAUUUAUCUUGGAUUUUUAGCGGUGAAAAGGUUUAAAUUGAAGUACACCGAUCUAAUCAUUUCUUUUUCAGUGUUUACUAUUUAUAUCAUAAAAUUUGUCUGAUGUGAAUGAAAAUAAAAGGCCCUAAGCCCAAUUUUGUAAAAGUCUAUUGACGCUGAAAAUAAAAGUUGCAGUGACUGCAGCUCCUGUUGAAUAUUAUUUCUGUAAAGUGAUUUAUAAUUUAGAGACUUUGUUGUGAAAAACUACCAUCAAAAUGAGUAGUGGUAAAACGGUGGUGGUUCCAAGAGUGGUCAGUAAACCAUUGUCUGACAGUUACGUGAUUCUUGUUUCUCAUACACACCACCCACGGGGCAAUUCUGAUCCUCUGGAAGUCCUUUCAACAGUUAAACCGGCUAUUUGUUGUAAUCGUGGCUGCUGGAUCCACGAAAAUUUUACGAAAUUGGGAAAAGACGUGGCGCUUUACAACGACUUUUAUCGCAAGAGCCUCAGGCCCCUGCUGAACUCUAUUCCAAUAAAAGAAUCAUUCAAACUAGAAUCUUGGUUGGCGUACAAAGAAUACAACGCAACGUAUGGUGCAGAUACAAUCGAACACAUCACAACAGUCGUUAACGACGAGAAGGAACUUCGCCCGGUAGUUGUUUGGCUUCACGACUACCAACUCUUGCUUGCAGCUAACACUAUUCGCGCCCUAGCUGCUGAACGUGGGCUGCCCGUGAAAAUUGGACUUGUUCUUUACAAACCGUUUCCAGCUUGGGAUGUGUUCAGAAUUUGUCCAUGGGCCGAGGAGAUAUUACUAGGAAUAUUAGCGUGCGAUGUGGUGGGUGUACAAGCGGAGUCCUACCGCGAUAAUUUUAUCGACAGCUGUCGGCGGCGUUUGGGCUGUCGCGUAGACGUUGCGAAAGGCUUGGUCGAGCAUGGUUCACACGCAUGCGCAGUCCGUGUCGUUCCUGGAGGAGUCCCGUACGCGGAGGUAGAAGAAAUCGCCCGAGACCCGGGUAUUGUGUCCAUGGCCCAUAGGUCGGACCCUUCAGUCAAGCAGAUCGUCAGCUACGACACCAAGGACCGGGCCGGCGAGGCGUUGUACAAGUUGCAAGCCUUCGAGGCGUUACUUGCUGAGUACCCUGAACACGUCCAUAAAGUUGAAUGGGUUCAGGUGGAAGACUAUACAAAUUUAAUCACACCUUGUGAAUCAUACAUACCGCUUGCGAACGCCAUUGAGACUCGAUUGAAAAAGGACACUGUCAAAAUUAUCUCGAACAUACAGUCGAAACAAGAUUUAAUAAGCAUUUUAAAAAAUGCCGAUGUGGCUCUCAUUGGAUCCUCGCUUGCAGACGAACCCUGUUUGGUAGCGAAAGCGUUUGUCGCUUCUCAGAUUGAGAAUCCAACUGGCGUGCUGGUGUUGUCAAAUUUCUCUACAGCUGCUGAAACCAUGAAAGAGGCUCUCCGCUGUAAUCCAUGCCACAUUAAAGAGACAGCAGAGAUCCUACACAAAGCACUGACAAUGCCGGAGGAUGAGCGGUUAGUGAGGAUGAACUUUUUGAAACGGCGAGAAAAGCUCAAUGAACUGUUCGCUUGGGCACGAUCCUUCAUCUCCGAACUGGAACAAUAUGACGGAGUAAGAUCGUCCUUUGAGCCAGUCACGUUGCUAGAGAUCGAUAGUUAUAUGCGCAGCUACGUUGGUAACUGUCAAAAAUUAGCCGUGCUCCUUGACUUCGAUGGAACUUUAGCACCACUUUGCCCACACCCAGAUUUGUCGAAGAUGCCUGCUCAAACGAAGGAUGUCUUAGAAAAAUUAUCUAAAAUGCCGGAAGUUUUCAUCGCCAUGAUUUCAGGAAGGAACGUAAAUAAUUUGAAGGAAAUGGUUGGAAUAGAAGGGAUAACAUAUGCAGGGAACCAUGGUAUGGAAAUCCUGCAUUCUGAUGGAACCAAGUUUGUUUACAAGAUACCGGAAGAUUUUAUAAAACGUGCAGAAGAACUUUUCAAGGGCAUCGAAGCAAAGCUAUGUCGUGACGGUGCGUGGCUGGAGCGGAAGGGCUCCCUGAUGACGUACCACUACCGGAGCACGCCGGCGGAGCUGCGGCCGGCCCUCAUCGAGGAGACAAUGGCGUUGAUCAAAAAAGCCGGGUUCCGGGGCAACAUGGCCCAUUGCUCCAUCGAGGCCAAACCCCCCGUCCAGUGGAACAAGGGCCGGGCCGCCGUCCACAUCCUCUGCAAAGAAUUCGGCCACGAUUGGACCGACCGCAUCCGGGUCGUCUUCGCUGGGGAUGAUACUACCGACGAGGACGCCAUGGAGGUGCUAAAGGGAAUGGCUGCAACUUUCAGGAUAGCUCCACCAACGAUUACAAAAAGUUGGGCAGAACGCCGUGUGCCAGACACUCUCGCUAUUCAGACAUUAUUGAAAUGGAUCGAGAGACACUACCGAACUUGAGAAGAGUUGUAAAAACUUGGUGUUCUAGAUGCAUAAAAAGUUGCAGCAGUGAGGUUUGCAGGCGCUUUGAAGCGGUCUCCGCACACAUUGAUCGUAUUUUCCAACCCUGUUUCCAGAAUCCAGAGCUUUCAUCAUACAAUUAAAAGGAAAACACGCUUGACCAACUGGUCAAUUUUGGUCAGGUCUCCUGAUGUAGAGACUUCAAAUGAGUGCAUUUAUGUUGAAAGAAACUGUGUGCAGAUAGAUCAAAUCCAAUAGAAUUAUGAAGCACGCGAAUUCUAUGCUCGGUUUCUAUUGAUUUAAUUCAUUUGUGAAUCGUUAUACGUUUUGCAUAAAUACAUUUACGUCCAAAUGCGUGGUGUAAAGCGAUUACUACAUUAAAGUGAUUAAAUUACAUCUGACUUGUAAAUAGUAUCAGCGGCAGUCUACCAAAAAAAGAUACAUUUAUUUAUUUACUUAUUCAUUCUUUUUUUUGUAGUCUUUCAUUAGGUGUUUAAAAAUGAGAAAAUGUUUAUUAUUUCAAAAAUUCAGUUAUAUGGAAUUUUUUGGAAGUUUAGUUGUUAAUGCGUAGAUGUUGUUAAUGUUGUACAUUCGAUGUGUAUAUUUCGUUUGAAUGAGAUACUUGAAAAAAUCAAUCGAAUGUCUUUAACUGAGGUACUUAAAUAUUUUGUUAUCUUUCCAGGUGAAAACCAUUAAACCUAACUAUUUUCUCACCCGA